UGCCGGGAGAGACGCUUACCCCUCGCUGCUUUUCCUUUUCUCUUUCCAGUGCCUGGGGUUGCCGAGUUCGCCGCCUCCUUCAAAAGCCCUAUUACAAGUUCUCCUCCUAAGUGGAUGGCUGAAUUAGAAAAUGAUGAUAUCGAUAUGUUAAAGGAGUUGGGGAGCCUCACUACAGCUAACCUGAUGGAAAAAGUUCGUGGCCUGCAGAACCUGGCUUAUCAGCUGGGACUGGAUGAAU